GGGGAGCCGCGCAACCCCCGCCCUCCUUCCCCCACACCCCUUUGGUCGUGAAUGGCACGGCCCGGAUGCGCUUGUACGCAGGGAGGGUGCGGGCGAACCAUUGAGCGGGGGCGGGGGAACCCGGCAGUCGCUGGCUGGGAACACCUCUUCGCCCGGGCGUUGCGGCGGCGGCAGGGGGGAAGCGGACGUGACAGGCUGAGUGGCCGGGCUCAGGCUGCCGGAGGCGGAGGGCGAUGGUCGUCCCCAGGGGACAGGAGUACCAGGCUCCCCAGGAGGUUGAAACAAGAGAAGAUGAGGAACAAAACAUCAAGUUGACUGAAAUUUUGGAACUGUUGGUGGCCGCUGGGUAUUUUCGAGCCAGAAUCAAAGGGUUAUCACCCUUUGAUAAGGUGGUAGGUGGCAUGACGUGGUGCAUCACUACCUGCAGCUUUGAUAUUGAUGUUGAUUUAUUGUUUCAGGAAAACUCUACUAUUGGUCAAAAAAUUGCCUUAACCGAAAAAAUUGUAUCGGUAUUGCCAAAAAUGAAGUGUCCUCAUCGUUUGGAACCACAUCAGAUCCAGGGACUGGAUUUCAUUCAUAUAUUUCCUGUUGUACAGUGGCUAGUAAAACGUGCAAUAGAAACAAGGGAAGAAAUGGGAGAUUAUAUCCGUUCUUACUCAAUAUCACAGUUUCAAAAAACUCAUAGACUACCUGAGGAUGGUGAAUUUAUGCAAAGAAAAGAGAAGGCUAUCAAAGCUGUCACUGAUAUAUUUGAGGUUUACAAACCCCAGAGAAAAUAUAAACGUCAGAAGGGAGCUGAAGAACUGCUAGAUGAAGAAUCAAAGGUUCAUGCUACACUUCUGGAAUAUGGCAGGAGAUACGGAUUUAGCAGACAAGCAGGAAAAACGGAACAGGCUGAAGAUAAAAAAAUUGCAGUACCUCCAGGGCUUGCAGCAGCAGGAAAAGCUGAGCCUUGUGAUGAAGAUGACCUUCAAGCUGCUGAAGAGCUUCGCAUUAAAACUCUGAUGACCGGAAUGGCUGCAAUGGCAACAGAAGAGGGCAAAUUGACAGCAAGCACAGUUGGCCAGAUUGUUGGACUCCAGUCAGAUGAGAUCAAGCAAAUAGUGUCAGAAUAUGCUGAAAAGCAAUCUGAGCUUUCUGCUGAGGAACGACCAGAAAGGCUUGGAGCUGCCCAACAGCAUAGAAGGAAGGUGGCAUCUCUGAAUAAGCAGAUUUUGCAAAAAAACAAACUCCUGGAAGAGUUGCAAGCUAAAUGUACUGAUCUGCAGGCAAAAUGCACUGAAGCAAAAAAGACAUUAACAGAGGUUAAGAGUUACAGUGAAAAGCUGGACAAAGAAUUGGCAGCCUUAGAAACAAUAGAAUCCCAAGCAGAUUCUAGCAUAUUACAGAGUCUGCGAGCACUGGUGGCCAUGAAUGAAAGCCUAAAAAGCCAGGAGCAAGAGUUCAAAGCACAUUGUAGGGAAGAAAUGGAGAGACUUCAACAAAGUAUUGAGAAUUUGAAAGCUGAGGCAGUGGAAAACGGGGAGGAACAGGAGCCGAAUAAGAUUAUAGAACAGCAGUACAAAACUGAGAAAGAUAAGCUCCAAAAGAUCCGUCUGUUACUGGCAAGAAGAAACAGAGAAAUAGCCAUUUUGCAGCGCAAGAUUGAUGAAGUACCCAGCCGAGCUGAGCUAACACAGUAUCAGAAGAGAUUUAUUGAACUUUACAGUCAGGUCUCAGCAACACACAAAGAAACGAAGCAGUUCUUUACUCUUUAUAAUACACUGGAUGAUAAAAAAGUAUAUUUGGAAAAGGAGGUUAACUUACUGAAUUCUAUUCAUGACAACUUUCAUCAAGCAAUGUCAUCUUCUGGUUCUCGGGACCAGUUUUUACGGCAGAUGGAGCAGAUUGUAGAAGGCAUCAAACAGAAUCGAAUGAAGAUGGAAAAGAAGAAACAAGAAAACAAAAUGCGAAGAGACCAAUUGAAUGAUGAAUAUUUAGAGCUUCUAGAGAAACAGAGGCUUUACUUUAAAACAGUGAAAGAAUUUAAAGAGGAAUGCCGUAAGAAUGAAAUACUGCUGUCCAAGCUGAAAGCCAGUUCUUCCUGAAGAACUUCAGCUGGUGAAGUUUCUAGAUGAUUGUUCAGUCCAUUGAAUCUCUUUUGUGAGGUGACAGUUAUAACUGCAAUGUAGAUAUAUAUAGAUAUAUAUAUAAAAAAUAUAUAUACACACAGCUAUAAAAGUGGUGUUUUUUUUUUUUUCCAGUAUGUAUUCAGUUUUACAUUCCUUCAUCACUGGCUGUAUUCUUUGUUAUUGCCUCCACUGCACAGUAAAGAGUUAACGCAGUACAGCAAAACAGAAA